AGAAACAGCUGGGCGUUGCGAAACAGGAGAACGUGAAGAGCAAAGUGGGAAGCUCGAGAAGAAGAAGAAUAAUAAGGAGGAGAAGAUAACGAUUUCGCCAUUCCGAGCGGGUGUGCAUGUUUUCUGUGCUGAAACGCGCUCAUUUCCGUCGGGCACGAGCUCGAACGGAAGUCCCAGGUUUAAACUCCUACAGGUGACCAACUGUUUACCGAAACCACCCGGGACCUUUCCCCGCGUACAGCGUCACUCCUCCAGGGACCGAGAUUUAACCCCGAGCUGGAGAGGAGCACUGAUUCGGUGUCUCGGCAUGGCAAGCGGACCCAGUUUGAUUUUGGGACUUCUUAAUCUUUGCAUCUGUUUUCUGCUGGCAGAAUCUACUUCAAAAUGCUUCAUUAAAGGUGAUGAAGCCUAUUGUGCCCUGAAAAACCUGUAUACGGUGCCAGUUUUGCCUCCCUAUAUAGCUUACUUGGAUCUAAACUUAAAUUACAUUAGUGAAAUCCAUGAGAAAUCCUUCUAUGGUUUGGAAGCGCUACAAAUCCUACUGAUCCAGCAACAGGAAGGACGACUUGUCUUGAGAAAUAAUGCCUUUAGUGGACUGUCCAAUCUGACACGACUUGAUCUGGCAUACAACAAAGACCUACAAGUGGAUCCAGGAGCAUUUAAUGGAUUAUUCAACCUCCGGGUACUCAAUCUUACAGAGUGCAAGUUAAAUGGCUCUAUUCUUUCAGGAGACUACCUGAGACCUCUGGUGUCUCUGGAGCAGCUUUCACUAUCUGGAAAUAAUAUACCUAAAAUCCGUCCCGCAUCUUUCUUCGUCAACAUGAGCAAACUGCAUAUCGUAGACGUCUCUCGUAACGGGAUUAACAGUUUUUGUGAAGAAGAUUUGUUCCAUUUCCAGGGGAAACACUUCACUCUCCUCAAACUGCACGAUAUCAAAAUGACUGACAUGACUCCGUAUUGGUCUGGAUGGAAUAAAUGUGGAAACCCGUUCAAGAACAUGUCUAUGACGCUGCUUGAUUUGUCUCUAAACGGCUUCAGCGUUGACGUCGCAGUGCUGUUCUUCAAAGCAAUCAGAGGAACCAAAAUUCACACUCUGAUCCUUAAUCACAGCGGCAGCAUGGGAAAGGGAGUUUGGUACAACAACCAGAAAGACCCAGACCAGAACACAUUUAUGGACCUGUCCGAGAGUGGCGUUAAGGCUCUGGAUCUGUCCAAUGCUAGAAUUUUUGCUCUUAGAAAUUCGGUUUUCCGUCAUAUGCCAGAUCUGGAGGAAAUCUCAUUAUCUGCUAAUUCAAUCAACCAAAUUGAAAGAGAUGCUUUUAAUGGACUGGACAAUUUAAGAAUGCUCAUACUGUCUCAUAACCUUUUGGAUAAAAUUAAUUCCGGAACAUUUAAAAAUUUACGAAGUCUUGAGACACUGGAUUUAUCUAAUAAUAUCAUAAGAAUACUUGGGUCUGAGUCAUUUCAAGGACUGCCCAAUCUGGCUCACCUAUUUCUGUCUGAAAAUUCAUUACAAAAUGUACAUACAUUAGCACGCCUUCCACAGCUCAAAAAGCUCUUCUUAGACAAUAACAAAAUCACAUCCCUGUAUGGCCUUCCGAGCCAAGUGAAAAACAUCACAAGCAUUAAUUUGCAGUACAACAGAUUAAAUAAUGCCGAGGACGUCUACACCGUAUUAGUGGAAUUCCCCAAUAUUGAAACGAUUUUUCUUGGAGGCAACGUGUUUUCGUGGUGUGUUCUUAAUGCUAAAUAUUCUGUUUCACCUUUAAACAAGGUACAAUUUCUCGACCUCCACAUGACCGGCUUGCAGAACCUCUGGUUACAAGGACGGUGUCUCGACAUGUUUGACCACCUUCACCAGCUGCAGACGCUUCUUCUCCAGCAAAACAUGAUACAUUCUCUUCCCAAAGACAUUUUCAAAGGACUCACCUCUUUGUAUCAUUUAGAUUUAUCCUUCAACUCUCUAACCUAUAUACCUAAUGGCAUAUUUCCUAAAAGUCUGGGGAUGCUCAAACUUGCUUACAAUCAUCUCGGUUCUGUAGAUCCACAAGCCUUCAGCACGCUGACAUUCAUCAGUCUGCAUGGGAACCGCUUUCUCUGUGCUUGCGGUCUGAGAGACUUACAGACAUGGUUAAAUCAGACAGAUGUGCAAAUGUCUUACCCUGCUGAGGAACUGACGUGUGAGUUUCCCGAAGCGCAAAGAGGGAAGCCUCUCCUGCAUGCUAAACUAUGUGAGGACGAAGAGGACGAGAAGAGCAUCGAGGAGCUGAAGCUCACACUUUUCAUCUGCUGCACCGUCCUUACUAUACUGACCACAACAGGGGCUAUCGUUUUUGUCCGGCUGCGUGGCUACUGCUUCAAGCUUUACAGAAGGGUGUUUGUUAGAUUAGUGGAGGGAAGCUCGAAACUGCCCGCUGAGGAUGACUUCAUGUACGACGUCUACUUAUGUUUCAGUUCCAAAGACAUGAAAUGGGUGACAAAGGCACUGUUGAAAAAGCUAGACACACAGUUCUCUGAUCAAAACGACUUACGUUGCUGCUUUGAAGCACGGGACUUCAUACCAGGAGCCGAUCAUCUAUCUAACAUGCGGGACGCAAUCUGGAAGAGUAAGAAAACGUUAUGCGUCUUGUCCAGGGAGUUCCUUAAGGAUGGCUGGUGCUUGGAGGCCUUCAAUCUGGCCCAGACUAAAAUGCUGGAAGAGGUCCGGGAUGUCUUACUGGUGCUCCUAGUGGACAACAUACCACAUUACAGGUUGAUGAAAUACGAAAUAGUCAGGACCUACUUUCAGACCAGGAGGUACCUCUGCUGGCCAGAAGAUAGCCAGGACUUGGAGUGGUUUUACAACCAUCUUAAGCAAAGUAUAUUAAAAGACACCAAAAUCAAGCAAGUGAAAAAAGACGUUGAAACAAACCACGACGUGACAAACUGUGAAGCAGUAACUGCUUUUUAACCCAUGGAUAUAUCAGUGGAAAGAUAUGCGAAAAACAUGGAAACGUACACCAAGUUGUGAAUGUAUUAGUUACUUAGAUCGAUGUACCUAUAAAACUGGCAGAUUAAUAUGAAUUGAAGAUACAGUAUAUCCAUUAGGUAAAGACUAUAACAUGCCACCCUGACGCUGAUUACAGCACAUACCACAGUGAUUUAUUCUGUUCAUACCACAACAAUUUGCCGACGCUCACGUUUAUCAAAGAACAAUCGUGGUGCUUUGGAUCCUAUUUAAUGUUGUUUAACAUCUGUAAAACAAGUUACUUCCUAUUAUUGCAGAUGUUGUAGCAGCAAUAAACAGUCAUUCUUUCA